AAAUGUCAUAACUUAUAAAAAAUGUCCUAUGAAGAAAACCCCUACGACUACCUAUUUUUCAAUGAUGGCCUUAGGUCCAUCGAUUACGUCUUGGUGAUUCAAAGGUCGGUCUUGACCAACAGAGGUCGCAUACGCCGAUUGGAAACCUUCGUGCAAAAUUUGCAGAAAUUUGGAUUCGAAUUUGAGAAAAAAACUUUUAUUUUGGACGCGGACUUUGAAUUUAUCCUGCUGCAUUUUAGGGAGGAAAAAAUGUUCGAUGUUUUGAAAUCCUUUAAAUACGAACUUACCAUGAAUUGCGAAAUUUAUAAUUUUCCGGUAAAUAAAUUUGCGAGUUUUUUCAAAAAUUUCCUUCUGAAACCCGUUAAAUCCGAUCCGCUGUAUUUAAGAGCUCCAGAUCUUUUUGAUGGUUUCAAACCCACAACCCUUACACCUGCAGAAAGAAUUUUGGCAGUUACCUUAAUUCUAAAUAAAAAUAGAUUCGGAAUUCAUUGGUACGAAUUUGGAAUUUCGGAACUGAUAAGAGUCCAUGCCGCUCACUCUGCCUUUCCAAUACACGAAGGUGACUAUCGGUGGAGCAAAAGUGGGCCGUUGACCAGAAGGCAGCUGCUGUUCGAGUUCGGGGCCCGAGCCAAACGAUGGUUUCAGCUGCAACCUAGCAACAUGAUCGAAAGCUAUUUCGGCACCGAGUACGCCUUUUAUCACGACUUUAUGCGCAUGUACACUUACAUGCUGCUCAUACCGACCUCUGGUAGUAUACUGGUGUUCGUGUGGGGAUUUAUGACUAUUUCUUCCAGCCAAAACAUCAUAGCGGCUGAGGUUUGUGCUUCGGAUAAGUUGAUAUGUCCGCGUUGCUCGAGUUGCCGCUAUUUUUACCUGAGGGAUGUGUGUUUCUCGGAAAACGUUUCCUACAUUCUGUUCAACGGGGUGACGCAACUGUUUGCCAUCCUGAUUUCCAUUUGGUCGACCAUUUUGUUGUCCAUUUGGCAUCGCAUCGAAGCGAAGAACCAGUUAAAAUGGAACGUGUCAUUUAUGAAGAAGGAUAUUUCGAUGAGACCGCAAUACAAGCAUUCCGCGUACUACAGAGAAGCCGAUAGUGGACAUUUGGAAGCUUACGUUCCCAUUUAUUCCUUUCUGUUAAACGCAGCCAUUACUUUUCUGAUCAUGGCCGUGUUGAUUACUAUAAGCGUCAGUUUUCAAAUUGGCAUGCAAUUUCUAAGAAGUUCCCUAACUAAUAGGUUUGUGGACAUCAACAACUCGGAUAACGCGUAUAAAAGCGGUAACCAAGUUGAGACAGCGUGGUCGUACUUUUUAUUAGCGAUUAUCCUUGGUAUAUUUAUGAUAAUCUACCAGAAAUUUUGCUACUAUGUCUCCUACAAAACGACCGAGUAUGAAAACCCGAGGACUUUUAAUGAAUUUAUGUCUUCGUACUGCUUCAAGUGUUACAUCCUAGACUUUGUAAACUUUUACACUACUAUAUUUUUUGGCAUUGUAAAAGGCAACGUAGAUUUGGACCCAAGGUCUGGUUCAAAUUCCUUGUUCAGCCAAGGCUGCAUAAACGAGAUGUGCUCCUUGAAUAUCGCCAUAUUACUGUUCACCAUAGGAUUUUUAAGAACUGUGUGGAAAGUAAUAGGCAACUUUAUCAUACCAAUCGUUCAGUAUAAACUAAGGAAGCGUAAAUACGAAAAUAGCAUAUAUUCGUGGAAUAAUCUCGAGCAAUGGGAGAAGGAUUUUUUGCUGAUCGAAGCAGAUUCAAAUCUAAUAACUCAUGCAAUGUUGGAUGUGCUCGUAGAGUACGGAUUUUUGACAUUUUUUGUGUCUGCUUUUCCACUCACCCCUGCUUUGACUCUAAUCAGCGGUAUUAUAACCUGGCGAAUAGAUUCGUAUAAAACGAUGACGUACUACAGACGGCCGAAUUCAAGAAAAAUCGAUAAGAUGCUCAAUUUUUCGUUGUUAUUAAAGUACACGACUUUCAUAGGCAUCAUCACGAACACCCUUAUUAUAUGCUUUAACGGCAAAUUUCUAGAGGUAAUAAUGUACACAUUCUUUUACAAGAGGGACUCGGGCCAAGAACCCCACCUAUACACCUUCAAGUCAAAAGUAAAGACCUCGGAGGUUUUUUCUCUUUACAACUACACAGUGAAGGAAGAAUAUUGCUAUUAUAAUUCACCAAAGGAGGAACGUAAUAUCGAAAGUUUGGAGUUCGAUUAUUAUCCAAGCCAACAACUCCUUUUUAUUAUUAUAGUGCAUGUGGUGGUUCUCCUGCAUAAAAUUGCGUCUCUUAUCAUUCCCGUCCUUCCGCAAUCAAUUAUUGAAGAAACGGCGCAUUUACAAAAACUAAGAAGAAUGGAAAAGUUUCAAAUACUUGAAAGGACCGUUAUUUCCCAAAGAAGGGAGAAACUCGAAAACGAACGGUUUAAAGUGAAAAUAUAAUUUUUACACCAUGUUUAUAUUUUAAAUUAUAUUGUACUCUAUUUUUUAUUAUAUUAUACAAAACGAAAUUUCCAUAAAUGUUUACUUUUUAAUACCUAGCAUACCUUGAUAAUUA